UUCCCCUUUGCCCCAACAUGCCUUUCAUUCCAAUCCUCUUCCAUCCAGGUUGCCAACUUAGCCUGUUCCAUUUCCAACAAUGAGGAAGGGGUAAAAUUAGUCCGGAUGGCAGCCACCCAGAUUGACAGCCUGUGUCCCCAGGUCAUCAAUGCUGCUCUCACACUGGCUGCCCGACCACAGAGCAAAGUUGCCCAGGACAACAUGGAUGUCUUCAAAGACCAGUGGGAGAAGCAGGUCCGAGUGCUGACAGAAGCCGUGGAUGACAUCACCUCAGUGGAUGACUUCCUUUCUGUCUCAGAGAAUCACAUCUUGGAGGAUGUGAACAAGUGUGUGAUAGCCCUCCAAGAAGGGGACGUGGACACCCUGGACCGGACCGCAGGGGCCAUCAGGGGCCGGGCAGCUCGAGUGAUACACAUCAUUAAUGCUGAGAUGGAGAAUUAUGAAGCUGGUGUUUAUACCGAGAAGGUUCUGGAAGCUACAAAAUUGCUCUCUGAGACAGUGAUGCCACGCUUUGCCGAGCAAGUAGAGGUUGCUAUUGAAGCCCUGAGUGCCAACGUCCCUCAACCAUUUGAAGAGAAUGAGUUCAUUGAUGCCUCUCGCCUAGUGUAUGAUGGUGUUCGAGACAUCAGAAAAGCUGUGCUGAUGAUCAGGACCCCAGAAGAACUAGAGGAUGAUUCUGACUUUGAACAGGAAGAUUACGAUGUGCGCAGCCGGACAAGUGUUCAGACUGAGGACGACCAGCUCAUUGCGGGACAGAGUGCACGGGCCAUCAUGGCGCAACUACCGCAGGAGGAGAAGGCAAAAAUAGCUGAGCAGGUGGAGAUAUUCCACCAAGAGAAAAGCAAGCUGGAUGCCGAAGUGGCCAAAUGGGAUGACAGCGGCAAUGAUAUAAUUGUGCUGGCCAAGCAGAUGUGUAUGAUCAUGAUGGAAAUGACAGACUUCACAAGAGGCAAAGGCCCAUUGAAAAAUACAUCUGAUGUUAUUAAUGCUGCCAAGAAAAUCGCUGAAGCAGGUUCUCGAAUGGACAAAUUAGCUCGCGCUGUGGCUGAUCAGUGUCCUGAUUCAGCAUGUAAGCAGGAUUUAUUAGCCUACCUUCAACGAAUUGCCUUGUAUUGCCAUCAGCUUAAUAUCUGCAGCAAGGUGAAGGCAGAAGUACAGAAUCUGGGAGGAGAGCUCAUUGUGUCAGGGCUGGACAGUGCCACAUCACUCAUCCAGGCAGCUAAAAACCUGAUGAAUGCUGUUGUCCUUACGGUGAAAGCAUCCUAUGUGGCCUCAACCAAAUACCAGAAGGUCUAUGGGACAGCAGCUGUCAACUCACCGGUUGUGUCUUGGAAGAUGAAGGCUCCAGAGAAGAAGCCCCUUGUGAAGAGAGAAAAGCCUGAAGAAUUCCAGACACGAGUCAGACGAGGUUCCCAGAAGAAACACAUUUCGCCUGUACAGGCUUUAAGUGAAUUCAAAGCAAUGGAUUCAUUCUAGGACGAUAGGCUUUAACAAGAAAGCUUUUUUUUUCCUUUUCCUUUUCUUUUUAAUUCCAUUUUUGUAUGCAUACCUGCCGACUCGUAUGCCUCUGGCAUGGGGAAAUUAAGGGAGCAGUGUCUGUUUGCAUGUGAGAUGAGAUGUGAUCAAUACUACUGAUUCAUCAGUAGCUGGGGAGGGAACAGGGAAUUCCUGUCCUGAGGUGGCACAGAACUGUCCUUUGCAACAUUCUCAUAAAAUUGGGCAAAGAGUUCGCAUCGCAAUGUUUACGGGAGCGGGAGGGAUGGGGAAAAUAAACUUAAUUCUACAAAAGCAAACUCUAAUGCAUGCAAGAAUCAUUAGGUUGGCAGGUAUCUUAAUAAGUGAAAAAUCUGGAAGUGUAAUGGUAGAACAUAAAGCUUGUAUUGCUUCUGUUUCAGUGCAAAAGUGUACUAGCCAAUACGCUGAAGUGUGUGGCCCACAAAUUGAACAAUAUAACUUUGAAGUCAUAUCCAUAAUAUUAAGUGGAUUUUUUACUAAGGAAAAACUAACUCAUCCAACCAAAAUGUUUCUUUUAAUCUGUAUUCUAUUCUUUCUCUUGUAGUAGUGCCAUUACUAGUGCUCAUAUUUUCAAUUUUUCCCCCUUUACUGAAAAUAAACACUUAUUUGAGACAAUUAUAAUCCUUCUGGGGGCACUGGAAGCACAAUAUGGUGAUCCACAUUUUACUUUAAAAAAAUUUGAACUAUGAUUUUGCUAGAAAUAGGAGACCCAGUGAUGGAAUGAUAGAAGAAUGGAAACUGACAAUGUGUGAAGGUUUAGAGGCAAAUACAUAGGUGUAGCUCAGAGUGCUGGUAUCUAAAUAUGCCAUUGUAUCCACUAACUCAAAAUAAACACAUAUAAUCUGGAAA